AUGGUGAAGAUUGCUCUUAGCUUGGUUCUUGCCGGUACCUCGAUUUCCGCGCCCACUGGUACAGACAAGCGUUCCGAUGCUGACGCGGCUACCCUCUAUGUUGCGGACAAACGCUCGGAUGCCGACGCAGCCACGCUUUACGUGUCUGAUAAGCGCUCUGACGCCGAUGCGGCGACUCUCUAUGUCGCUGACAAGCGAUCCGACGCUGAUGCCGCCACUCUUUAUGUGACGGACAAACGUUCUGAUGUCGAUGCAGCGACUCUUUAUGUCACCGACAAGCGGUCGGAUGCUGACGCCGCUACCUUGUAUGUGGCCGACAAGAAGCGGUCCGACGCGGAUGCUGCCACUCUUUAUGUCACGGACUAA